AUGUCUGUUAAACGAAAAGCUUCGAAUGCUAGAAUUUCUGAUGAAGACGACGAAAUAACGCACGUUUGUGACGAUAGUUCUCAACGCCUGCGUCCCGAACCACAAGGCCAUCAAGUGGUGAAAAAGAGUAAAGUUUCGAAAAAAACCGCGAGGAAUGUAGGUGUUCCGGCUGGUUGCAAAGUUGAGAGUGUACCACCGGAUGUCGUUGAGCAAGUGAAUCGUCCAAACACACAGCAGCCGUAUGCAAUGAUGGAUCAUGCGAGACGUGCAAAUAUUUUGCAUCACCCAGUGGUGGUCGAUCAUGCAAACCGUCCUAUAAAUAUGGCGGUAUAUCCAGGAGCUCCAUGUUGGUGCAACCAACUUUCUGGGGACAUGCGAGCUAUUCGUGAACUGAUUGGUGCAGUUUCCAAUGGGAUUCAUUGUAUUCUUCAGAAAGUUCACAUGGAUCAAGUUCACAAUGCGGAAGUGAUGUCAAAAAUGUUGAAUAGUGUUGAAGUGAUUGCGGACACUGUUACUCACUUACCGCUCGCUCAGUUGCAAGAAUGCGAUCAGUAUUUGCUUGAAGAUAUCGGAAAUAUUGAUACACGUCGUAAUGGAACGAAUACUGAUCCAUAUUAUGCACCAGGUGACGAGCAAGUCCCACCGAAUCAGCCCCCAGCGAACGGCAAUUAUAUAUGA